AUGGCCAUCAUUUUGAGGUUUGUUGAUAAAGAAGGUUUCAUUAAAGAGCAUUUCUUUCAUGUUGUGCAUGUUAGAGAUACUACUGCAUUGACUUUAAAGAAUGAGAUAUGUGUUGUCCUUUCUCGUUACAACCUCCACAUUGAAAAUAUUCGAGGUCAAGGAUAUGAUGGGGCUAGUAACAUGCGUGGUGAAUGGAAUGGAUUACAAGCUCUUUUUCUUAAAGAUUGCCCAUAUGCUUAUUAUAUACAUUGUAUGGCUCAUAAGUUGCAAUUAGCUCUAGUUACAGAAUUUAGAGAAGUAAAAGAUGUUCAUCAAUUCUUUGAUCAUUUGGUUAAUAUUAUCAAUAUUGUUGUUGGUUCUAGUAAGCGUAAUGAUGAAUUGCAACAUGCUCAAGCAGAACAAGUUGAGAAUAUGAUUGCUUCUAAUGAAAUUGAGACUGGAAGAGGUGCAAACCAGAUUGGUACUUUGCAACGAGCUGGAGAUACUAGGUGGGGAUCUCAUUUUCAAUCUAUUUGUAGUUUGAUUAAAAUGUUUGAUGCUACUUGCAAAGUUAUCAACACUAUUUCUGAGGAAAGGGCUAAUUAUAAACAACGCGGUGAUGCCGAGGGAGCUUAUCAGGUAUUAACAUCAUUUGAAUUUAUUUUAAUCUUGCAUUUGAUGAAAGAGAUAAUGGGAAUUACUAAUGUUCUUUGUCAAGCUUUGCAACAACAUUCUCAAGACCUUUUAAAUGCCAUGCAUUUAGUUUCAAUUACAAAAUCACUUAUUCAAAAGUUGAGAGAUGAUGGAUGGGAGCCUUUACUUGCUAGUGUUAUAUCAUUUUGUGAGCAACAUGAAAUUGAUAUUCCUGAUAUGAAUGCUUGUUACACUAAAGGUUGA